AUGUGUGUUGCUGCAAUUGUGAAAUUUGUUGUUGUUGAAGCUGAGGGAGUUGUCGCUGCACAGAGGGAGUCGGCCACGGCUUGUCUCAAAGAUGCAGAUAAUUUUAUGAUAUUUGUUUUAUGUCGUUUUGGUUUUUUGAGAUAUGCAGGGAGAUUGAAUGAUGUAGAGUAUGAAGGAUGGGGUUUUGUGGCUUUUUUAGGAAAUUCUGCAGAAUUUCAGCGAUUUGAAGAGGUUUAUUUUUGGAAGCUGAGGGAGUUGUCGCUGCACAGAGGGAGUCGGCCACGGCUUGUCUCAAGGAGAUUGAAUGAUGUAGAGUAUGAAGGAUGGGGUUUUGUGGCUUUUUUAGGAAAUUCUGCAGAAUUUCAGCGAUUUGAAGAGGUUUAUUUUUGGAAGCUGAGGGAGUUGUCGCUGCACAGAGGGAGUCGGCCACGGCUUGUCUCAAGGAGAUUGAAUGAUGUAGAGUAUGAAGGAUGGGGUUUUGUGGCUUUUUUAGGAAAUUCUGCAGAAUUUCAGCGAUUUGAAGAGGUUUAUUUUUGGAAGCUGAGGGAGUUGUCGCUGCACAUAGGGAGUCGGCCACAGAUUGUCUCAAGGAGAUUGAAUGAUGUAGAGUAUGAAGGAUGGGUUUUUGUGGCUUUUUUAGGAAAUUCUGCAGAAUUUCAGCGAUUUGAAGAGGUUUAUUUUUGGAAGCUGAGGGAGUUGUCGCUGCACAGAGGGAGUCGGCCACGGCUUGUCUCAAGGAGAUUGAAUGAUGUAGAGUAUGAAGGAUGGGGUUUUGUGGAAUUUUUAGGAAAUUCUGCAGAAUUUCAACGAUUUGAAGAGGUUUAUUUUUGGAAGGUUUUGAGGUCUGUAGCAGAAUUUGUACUAUUGGAGCAGGGCUGUUUUUGGGCUGGUUUUGCAGCAGGGCAUCAGUGCGUAUUUUUGGCAUUUGGACAACAACUCAUGCUUGGUGACAAGAAGAAUUGA